AUGGCCCCCAACAAGCGCAUCGUUUCCUCUGGCUCUCGGCAACAGAAGGGCUUCGUCAGCACCCUCUACGACGAGGCCACCAACCCCGAAAACAGGACCAUUGUCCGCAGCAUCGUGAUUUUCGGUGCCGGCAUCGCGUUCCUCCACUCCAGCUUCGGAGAGUUCCUCCUUCCUCCGUAA